UUUCUUAACUGGGAGUCACGUGACCCUGAUGUCAUCGUUAGCAGCGGCGAUAAAGUGUCAAAUGCGGGCUUAUUGACCUCCAAACCUUCGCGUACAGACGGGAAGAAAAGCGGAGCGAGCAAGCACGGGCUUUGUUGCGGCUUCCCCCCUCGUGAUUUAUUUUUAUUUGUCCCGGAGAAGAAACAUGAUCGCCGCUGGCGGACAGUCCCGGGGAGUCGUGGGGGCGAUGUUGCCUCUCAUUUUAGCCGCUGUCCUCCAUCAGAGUUUGGCCACCGUAGCCCCACCGACCCCCGCCCAGACCACCGCGGCGCCCCACAAAGACCCCGGGCGGCCCGAGAGAGGAACGUACAACGUGACCAACGCCAACAACACGGUCUGCCUGCUGGCUUACAUGGGACUGCAGCUCAACCUCACCUAUAACGCCACCUCCCAGAACACGGCCGUCCAGGAGGUUGUGAACAUUAAGCCCAACGUGACCCUGGCGUCAGGCUCGUGUGAAGCAGAGAGGGCCGUGCUGGAGCUGAGAACAGACGCAAAUGCAACCGUCCUCACCUUCGUCUUCACUCUGAAUAGCACGUCCAGCAAGUACCACCUGAGCGAAGUGUCUCUGACCACAACCGUGCCAGACCUGAAAGGAGGUAAAUUCUCUGCUAGGAACAGCAGCCUGGACUUCCUGCAGGGAUCUCUUCAAUACUCCUACAUGUGCCGCACGGAGCAAACCCUGACCGUGACCCAGAACCUGUCCAUCAACACCUUCCAGGUGCAGCUGCAGCCCUUUGGGGUGACCGGAGAUAAGUUCGGCGCAGCCGUGGAAUGCCAGCUGGACGAAGAUGACAUGCUGAUCCCCAUCAUAGUGGGAGCAGCCUUGGCCGGGCUCGUCCUCAUCGUACUCCUGGCCUACCUCAUCGGCAGGAAGAGGAGCCACGCUGGCUACCAAACCAUCUGAGCUCAGGAAGCUGCUGCUGCUAGAUUUCAGAAAUUAACCACUCCACCUUUCCCCCCCCUCUGUCCCUUUCUCCUUUAUCUCUCUGCGUGUUUGCUCCUCCUCCUCCUCUUCUUCUUCGCCUCCAUCAGUAACACUAGACAUGCGCUUUCUGAGCUGGCUUCUUUCAUACUAAAGGGACUCUGCUGGGAGAUUGUACUGAGAUUAUUAAAACUCUUCACUGGUACCCAGUAAAGCGGGGGAUGCAUGUUGAUCAGAGCGUCAUGCUGCAUUCCUUUUUUAUUUAUGAUUUCUGUGAAAGGAAUGCGGAGGGAUCCUAGCAGAUCAUUACUUUACCUUUUACUAGGGUGACCAUUUUUUUAUUGGUCCUGCCCAGUUUGGUUUGUUGUUUAAAAAAGGGAAUAUUUCUGCUGGUUACAUUUCAUUCAGCGCCAACGUUUAUAGGUACUUUAUUAUUUUUUUGGCCCUUUUCUGGGGGUUUUCUUGCUAAAGGGGAGAGACGUUGCACUGAAAUACAAAUUGAGAGUGGCCAAACACUGCUGUGGGUGUUGAUGGGUGCCUUCCCAGCCGUGCCGUGGGCGGGUGGUUCCAGUUAAAGCCAAUACCAGAGGAGCUCCCUCACUGAUACCGAGCGCUGCCAUGUUGGAGACGCGUGUCUCACUUAGCCUCCAUGUACUGUUACAACUAAAAUCAUGCAUUGUUUCAUGGUAGAUUGAAAUAUUUAUGCUUUUUUGUUUUUCCCUGCCUCUUAAUAUUAAACAUAGUGAUUUGAUGAUGAUGAUGAUGAUGAUGUUUUAUUGGAUUUGUCGGAGCUGUUUUUUAAAAGGAGAAGUCAAUAAAGGUCAAUGAAGGAAGCCGUUUGUGUUUUGCCUUCAUCCUCGUCAGCGGUCAGACCUGUUCCUGGUUGUUUGAGCUCCCUGGAGGUGGAAGUCAAAUAAAUUAUCGACGCCUGUCGAUGGUCUGGGUGUGAAAGCACUUUUAACGAGAGACAACAUUGAACAUUGGAGGAUUUACAAAACGAAAAAAUAAAGGAAAGCUACUCUGAGAGCUACACUUAGCUGAGUUUUAUAAAAAUAAUGAAAUUCGAAGUUAAAUUUAGCAAGAUAUCACUUGUAUUUUCUUGUUAGUUUGUAACAUUUUUAGAUUUCAGUGUUCGAGUUGCAAUGUUGAACUGCCUGAAUAAAUAAAAAUCAGAAACGUGCUGGAGAUUGAGCCACUGACUGAGGUUUUCUGUUCGUUUAGCUCCACCCAUCUCCACGUGAGCUCUGACCAGCUUCCCUUUCCCAGCUGAAGAAAACAGCCCCACAGCAUGAUGCUGCCACCGAUGUGCUUCACGGUGGCGACGGUGUGCAGGCUUAACUUUUCCUCCACACACACAGCUGUAUUUAUACAGAGACUGAGUUGCACAUAUUUGGAUUGCCAUUGGUUGCUUCAGACUGUGUUUAGUGAUAUUUUAAGUGAGGCUGCAAAAAAAGUGUUCACCGUUUUUCUAAUGUCAUUGCACGUCUCAAUAAUGCCCAACUUUGUCUGCUAUGCCAAACAAAAACCCAAUAAAAUACAACAAAGUU